AUGCUGCAAGAACCCGUAGGAGGAGCACCAGCUGGUGGUGCUGGAGCUGCGUACGCUGCUACUGCUGAUGGCGGGCGUUGGAGCGGAGGCGGAAGCAGCAGCAGCAACAGCGUGUCGUCUCGUGUUGCUGCUCUGCUGGCUGCUGCUCGCCAGGGGCCCUUCUCUCCAGCUGCUAAGAAGGCUGUGAAGCUGCUAGAGGCACCCACCGCCUAUGUACGCAGCAGCGGAUUGCAGAAGCUGAAGCAACUGCUGCUGCAGAAUGUACACCUCCCCAAAGAAAGGCAAGUCGCUCUCGAGCUGCUGCUACUCGCUUUAGAGCACGGGACCCUCUCGGGGGCUCCUGCACCAGCAGCUGCUCCUGAAGCUACUGUUGCUGUGGCUUUCAAUGGGGAACAGCAGCUGCCCUGUGCAGCAUUCCUUCAACCGCCUGCAGCAGCAGCAGGAGCCGUGCAGCCUGCAGCAGCAGCGGCAGUAACCGCAGCAGAUGAACUGCUGCGCCGCACCUGUCGCAGCGAGGCCCUUGCCUGCCUCAUAGACCUCAUUGCAGAGGGGGCUUUAGGGGCGCAACAGGUUACGGACGCAUUGCAUGCACGUCUCGCUGCUGCACAUAGCAGCAGAGCAGCGGGUGACAGCGCCAACAACGGCAACAACAACAGAGUUGAACAACUGCUGCCACCCAGCAUGCAGCUGCUGCUGGUGCAGCGACUCGUUAACCUCGCGCUGCAAGAUAAGUUGCUUCCGGUUGCACCGCAGCAGCAGAAACAGCAGCAGAAACAGCGGCAACAGAAGCAGCAGGUGAAUCAGCAGCAGGUCGUGCGGCUGCAGCAAGCAACCGCAACAAUCCGAGAUGCAGUGGUGAGGUUGAGUCAUUUCUGUCCUCACCUGUGCCUUGCUGCGGUAGAGGCCGUCUCCUCUGUCCUAGAGACCAACAGCAACAGCGUCGACAGCAGCAGUAACAGCAGAGGCAGCAGCAGCAGCAUUCCUUUUUUGGCGUUCAGCGUCUUGCUGGAGCCUACGCUGCAGACGGCUUUGCAGCUGCUGCUAGGCUUCAGCAACAGCAGCAACAACAGCAGCAGCUGCUCCCUGUUGCCUAUCGCAGUCAAUCGGAUGCUGAGUUGCGUUGAUGUGCUGGGCAGGUUAGAAGUGCAGGCGAGUGUACACUAUCUGCAACAGCAACAACGGCAGCAGCAACAGCAACAGCAGCAGCUGCUGCAGCAAGCGAGCACGAGGAGUGACAGGCUGCUGCACUUGGCUCUCUCUGUCUUAGUAAGAGUGAGGCAUGUUGAGGAGUUGAGUUGUUGUCUGUCUGCUGCCUUGCGGACGACCGAACUCUCUGCUGCUGCACUCGCUGCACUGCAACAGCAAACCACAAAAAGCCACGGCGUCACCAACAGCAGCAGCGGGGGAACGCGUUCGUUGCUGCUGCAAGUGCAGGUGCAGCUGCAGCAAGCACGAGCAAGCCGCCUGCUGUGGGAAUGCGCCUGCGGUCUGUACACUGCACGAGAGCAGCUGAAAGACCCCACACCUUUGUUACAGCAGCUGCUGGGCUGUCUCAGCCUCUUCUCUCCUUUAGAAAUAUCUAUCCCUCCAUGCAGCAGCAGCAGCGACAGCAGCACCACGGCCUGCAGGCUUUCAGUUGGCCUGUGGCGCGUUAGCUGCGCCUCGGUUGGCUGGCUGUUGUGGAGCUCAGCCGCAACAGAAGCCACUUCAGAGUCCUUGUUGCGGCUGCUGCUGCAGGCUACUGAUCGAUUGUUGCAGCUGCAGCCGCAGUUCGUCCCUUCCCCCAAUAGCAGCAGCAACAUUAGCAGCAGGUAUUGCCGAGCUUGCCUCUACCGCGACCAGGCCCUCCGGCGUAUUUGCUGUUUCUCCCCGUUGCUGCUGCUGCUGCUGCCGCUGGUAACGCAGCAGCAGCUUGCUGCUGGAGCUGGCAACUGCAGAACGGAGUUGAACGGCACACUGCAGCAAACAUCUCGCAGGGCGCGUGCGGUGUUGUGUUCCGCAGCAGCAGCAGCAGCAGCAGCAGCGCAAGCCUUGUCCUCUUCAGACUCUGCAGGUGCAGCAGACAAACCACCAGCAAGGAUAUUAGCAGAAGCAGGAGGUGCUGCUGCUGAUGCCGUUCCUUCCGACGUUCCGUGCAGCUGCAGCAGCAACGGCAGCAACUGCCGCAACAGCAGUGGCAGCAACAACAACUGCAGCAGUGGGUGCAGCUUGGAGGAGCUGUUUGGGGUGGAGGGUUUGAUGCUGCAGAGCAGCGGCGCUGCGGCAGCGAUGCCUCUCUCUGUCGCCUUGUGGGGUUUCCGUGUCUUAGACAGAGGAGCAGCAGAGCAGCUGCUGGGGCCAGCAGCACUUGCUCCAGCAGAAAGCAGGUCGCUUUUAGAAGCCCAUCAACAGAAGCAGCAGCAGCAGCAUGGGGCUGGCGCUGCCGCGGACUGCUACACUGGCGCAGGAGCAGCAGCAGGACAGAAGUGGAUGCUUCUGCAGCAGCUACUGCGGAGGCAGCACACCGAGGAGCUUCAAAGCACGGCAUUCCUUCUCUCGCUGCCGAGCGCGUUGCUGCAUCAGGGGCCCUACUCAUACUUACUCGCUUGCUGCUUCCUUGCAGAGUGUCUCGAGGAUAGGCAGCAAGCGUUUGCUGCUCUAGCUGCUCUUGUUGCCGCUGCACCUGCUGCUGCACUUCAGUUGCUACCGGCACUCCACUUUGCUGCCCCAAGGCCCCCCACAGCCCCCGUCGUGCAAGCUCUCCUCAGGUGGAAGAGCCAGCAACAACAGCAGCAGCAGCAGCAAGAAGGUCCGUUGCUUCCAGAUGAGUUCAUCUUGUUUGAUGGGGACGAGACAUUGGCUGCCAAAGCUACCGCUCCUUCAAGACCAUUACCGGCAACAGCAGAAUUAGCAGCAGCAAUAGCAGAGAGGAGGCAGCUUCUGCGCGGCCUGAGCUGUGUCUUUGCGCUAUCUGUGCAGGCGCUCGCCUCUCUAGGCCUCCACAAGACAGCAGUGCUCCCUGUUUACAGAGCUCUAACUGAUCUGCUGCCGCUGCACCAGCAGCAACAUCAGCCGGUUGGAUCCUUGAGUGUUGCGGAAGACGAAUGGCUCGGCGCUUUCGCUGCCACCGGUGUUCCGCUUUGCGGGUGUUGCAGUGGAUCUGGAGCAUAUGAAGGGGCAGGAAUGAGGCGUUGGUGCAGCCGCUGCUGCUGCUGCAGACGCUGCUGCUGGUGCAGCAGCGACCCUUUGGGCGCCCUUGCCUGCUGCCUUCAGGCCGUUGCUGCGCAGCAGCUGGUGUCUAUUAACGGAAGGUGGUUCCUUCUCAUGCGGGGCCUCUCACGUCUCGCUGCUUUCGAAGAACUGCCAUACUCAAAACUUGCUGCUGCCCCGGUUGCUGCUGGUACUGCUGCUGCUGGUUGUAGUGAUGGUGCUGCCGCUGCAGCCGACACAGAACACAGCAAAGGAGAGGCAGAACGAGGGACUGGAGAAACUGCUGCUGCUGUGGUGUGGGCGCCGUUUGUUCUCCCUACGGCAGCGUCGCCCCUUCAGGAGCUGCUUUUGGCGUAUUGUCUGCAGCAGCUGGAGGUGGUGUCACCUCGGGCCCUGCUGCAGUUCUUACCGGCAAUGGAACAGCUGGUAGCGGGUUGCUGCAGCGGCGGGGUGCACCAACAACACCGAGAACAGCAGCAGCAGUGGUUGCGGGAGUACGCUUGUGGGUUGACGUUGAGUACCUUGGGCCGUCUUUGCAUGCGCCGUUUCCUGGAAGCCCCGAAGAUAUUGAGGGUGCUGCGGCGGAAGGCCCCCUUUCUAUUCAACACCUUGCAUGCACCUGCUGCUGCUCUCGAGGGGCUUUCCCUAGUUCUCUAUGCGCUCUCUCAGGAUCUGGAGGAGCAGAUCGACUACGAGCAGCAGCAGCAGCAACAGAUGCGCCUGGAGGCUCCGCAGCAGCAGCAGCAGCAGACAGAGAGCGGGCUGCCUGCAGCUUUGGAGACGCAGGUGCAGGAGCAGCUACUGCUGCUGCAGGAGGUGUCGGAGUCAGGCUCUCCCUUUGCUCGUUGCGUGGCUCUUCAGUCUGCGUCCCUCAUCUUAGGUCCGCUGUACGAAGCAGCAGCAGCAGCAGCAGCAGGGGGCGUCCUACGGGUCCCUGCAGGAGCAGCGCAUGCAGUGCGUUUUGCAUGCAGCGAAGGCAUUGAAGGCGCUGUGCUGCAUCUGCCGCUUCGCCCUCUGGAGGUACGAGGUGCUGCAUGUCUUCUUGCUGCGGCAAUGAGCAGAGAGCGCAUCAUCAGAGGAGGCUCCGGUGCCCCAACCGCCGCCGAUCUAUUGCAACAGCAGCAGCAGCACAGACUCGGAGAUAUCCUUGCCAGAAAAGCCUCUGCUACUGUUGCUGACACUGGAGCAGAAGCUCACAGCGAGCGCGCGCUGCUGCGCCUACUGCUGUUCGCCGGACCCAAAGCAGCAGGGGGCAACCACAGCGAAGCAAGGGAAUUGAAGGAACUGCGUCUUUAUACUCUGUUAGAAGUACGAGACAUCGCAAGACAACUGUCCACAACUGAGCCGCUGCUGCUUUGCUUCCUUCCCAGCAUUUGCGAUUUCUUUUUGCAGCGGUUUGUUGCGCUGCUACCUGCUGCUGUUGCGGCCGACGCGGAGUUGCUGCAGCUGGGGCUGCAGCUGCUGCAGCAGCUGGACUCGCUGCUUCCUCGCGCAGCAGCAGCAGCAGCAGCGGAGGAGCAGCAGCAGGAGGUUCUGACGAGCAGCAACAGCAGCAGCGGCAUGUUUGGCAUGCGAGUUGCAGAGGUGUCUCUGUAUGCGAGCCUCCUCAGUGCUCUUGCAGCUCGCCAGGGAGCUUUGCUGCCUCAUAUCUCUUCCUUCUUCUUGCAGCGUCUUUCCCCAUCAGCAGCGUCCCCCCCUCCCCCAUGGCUGGGAAGUUGUUUGCUGCUGGCUUUUGCUCCCUUGCAUGCAACCACUGCCGACAUGUCAGAGUUGUGCCUUACAGCAGCAGAGACGCAGGAGGGAGCUGCGGUGUUUGCUGCGCUCCUUCGAGACCCCAACACAAGCGGGCAGGGCAGGGGUUCCCUUGCGGCCUCUACCCCAGCUGCUAGAGGAAUGCAGCAGUGCCUCUGCGGGUCAGCAGCCAAAGCAGGCAACGACUUUCUUGCUGCUGCGCGGUGUGUCUUUCUUGCUGCUGACGCGCAGCGCCACAGUGGAGACCCUCUGCGACUUUCCGUCUGUCUCCAGGCCCUUAGCGCUGCCAUAGGGGUCCCCGAGGCGCCUGCUGCCUCCCUGUAUGCAGCAGCAGCUACCGCAGCCCAUGGGGCUCAUCCAUCAUCAUCAGCAAGAACAGCAGCUACAGAAAAGCGGGACCUUGCGAAGCAGGAAGACAACGUUGAAGGCAAACGAGAGCCAAGUGAAGAGCAGGAGGACACAGCUAUACAGCAGAGACAGAAUCAGGGAGAAGCAGGAGAGGGAGAGGCUGACGUCACUGGAAUCUCCUCAGAUGUCUCUUCAGGUGUAACUGCAGCGUUAGGUGUCGCAGUGGCAGUAGUUUCCCGUGUGACGCAUUUGGAGACACCCGAUCCUUCUGCGUUGUAUCCUCAGCUGUUGCAGCUGUACAGACAGCUGGAGGGUGCGCUGCUGGUGAGCGGUGGCAGCGGUCACAUCGGGCCCCAGUGGAACGCCCUGCUGGGAUUGGGCUCGCUGCUGCCUGUUGUCUUGGAGGCAGGGUUGCUGUCUCUUGAUGAGGCGUUGUUCUUUUUGCAACGACUAGAAGAGCGACUGCAGGAGGGCCUCCCUGAUAUUUCUUCUUUGGGAUUUACAGGGCUGGCCCACCUCACGCACUCCAUGCUGCCUCUGCUGCUGUUGCUGCUGCAUAAACAGCAGCAGCAGCAGCAACAACAACAACAACAACAACAACAACAACAAGAACAACAACAACAACAACAACAACAAGAACAACAAAAACAACAACAACAACAACAACAACAACGACAACAACAACAACAACAACAGCAACAACAACAACAACAACAACAUGGUGAGCAGCAGAUUCGCCUCCAACGCUCACAGCAGCAGGUGGCAGAGCUGCAGCGGCUGCUGUUGCAGUUUGAACGCGUCGUCAGCCGCAUGGUAGCAUCAAGUGCAGUGGGGGCGGUAGGGAAGCUCGCUAGGGCUUUUGCUGCUGCAGCACUCAUGGGGGUCCCCCUUUUUCUGCUGCCGCCAACACAUGCUGCAGCUGCGCAGCGCAGUGCCGGGGCCUCAUGCCUCAUUUCUGUCUCCUUCGCCUUAAGGCACCCAGACGCAGAUAGCCGUGUACAGCAGCAGGAGCAACAGCAGCAGCCAGCGCGGCGCGCACAAGGCAAGCAGCAGCACCAGCAGCAAGACGCGUCCAGUGAUGCCUUGGAGCGGUUGAUUGAUUGGUUGUAUGUCCGCAGCGGCAGCGGCUCUGUUGUGUCCUUUGGAGGGUCGCAAUCAGGGCGCGCAUUGCAGCAAAGGGCCCCCGAUAUUGCAGCAAGUCUUGUAUUGAGUCUGGUAUAUAUACAUCUCACUAGCCACACACCAGAGGGAUCCCUCGCCAGCCUUCCUGAAAAAAGUUUGACGCGAAUGGCGCUGCAGCACCUGCUGCAGGUACGCGAGGGACAGCAACUGCUCCUGCCCGACGGGCACCUUGAGCUGCAGCUGCAACAGCAUCUGCAACAACACCAGCAGCAAGAGCGUGCGCAGCAGUCUCCUUUGGGCCAUCUGGGAUUGAGGAGCGGCGCAUCGCCUCCUCUCCACCUGUGCCCGCCGCAUUCCCUAAACGAACAGCAACAGCAGAAGCAAGAUCAGCAACAACAACAGCAGCAGGAGCAUUCUGAUUUGCAGGAGGCUGAGCCUGAGUGCUGUGUGUUAGGAGCGCAGCAGGACUUUGUUGAAAAUAUCUCUUGUGUUAGUCUUCUUGGUGGCCAAAGGGCUCCCAGAGAAGGAGGGGGCCCCUCGACAUCUCUUCCAGUUCUAUAUUGCGCCUGUCUCCUUGAGGCACUUGCUUACAGGGAUCUCCCUGCCUUUUCAGAGAUGCAGACAAGCCGCCGCUUGGCGGUCUUGUUUGCUCGCGCAUUAGAGACGUCCAGGGAGAUCUUUCUUCAACUCUCUGCUGCGAAGGCUAGCUACAAGCAGCAGCUAACCAAUGCUGCUGCUGGUUUUGCAGAUGAUGUAGGCUCUGUUCGUGAAGGGGAGACGAAGAAGGCGGGCGCACAUGGGCAGACGGAAGAGCUGAUGCAGCAACAGCAUCAGUUGCAAAAGAGGCUGCUGCGGCAGCUACAGGCCUGUUCUGCCCUGCAGCUGGGAGUUUUGCGGUUUUGCUGCAGACACUGCGACCGCCUGCCGCAGCUGGCGGCGCUGGUCGUGGGGUUUGCCCACGCGGGCUUUGGCCUAUCUGCUGCUGCUGCGCGGCGCCAGCAGCAGCAGCAAGUGCAGCAGCAACGUCAAUUCACUGCAGCAAUGGUCUGUUAUUUCUUUGCGUUGCUGCCUUCUGCAGCAGGGGCUCUGAGUCCUCGAGACCUCUCAUCGCUGCUGGGGGCCGUCUUGCUGCGGGGCCUUCUGCCGCCCUCGCAGGAGCCGCUACUGUGGUGCUGUGCCCUGCAUGCACUUCGCCGAAUAUUUGAAUGCGUGCGACGAAGCGUGUGCUGCAGCGGCAGGGAGACGCAACAGCGCAAACGCUGGGAACUGCAGCAACAGCAGCAGCAACAGCAGCAGCAGCAGCAGCAGAAGCGCAGUCGGUUCUCGCUCGUUGAAAGCGAGGUGCCUUCUUAUAUUUUCCCCUCAGUCUCUUACAAACUCCGAUUUUUUAAAGAACUGCAGCAGCUCAUGCUGCUGUGGGUGUUGCCCCUACUGUCAGACACAGCAGCACUUAGCGGCGCUCAGCCAGUAUCAGGAGGUCCCGGUGGAGGAUGGCAACCGUUUUCUUCUGCAGAGGCAGAAGAGUCAAUAACGGCAUCAGAAGGUACUGCUGUUGCUGCCGCCGCAGCUGCCGCUCGACGUGUGCCGUUUGCUGUAUGGGGCACAGCAGCAGAAACUCUGGGGGCUUUUCUGCUGCUGCGCCGGGACUGCGUGCGCAUGCAAGAGGCCCUCAACGAAGAAGACGCUCUCUCCUUGCCAACGGCAGAGCUACAGGCUCAGCGGCAGAGGCAGCUGCAGCAGCAGCAGCAUCAGGAAGAUAUCGACCUCAUGCAGCAGCUGGCUAGAAUGCCUGCAUACGUGGUGGUCUACUUGGUGCUCGCCGGGGUUGCCCCUCUCGGACUUCUGCACCAGAAGCGGCGAAUGCUGCUUGCAGAAGACGAACCAACAACAGCAACAGCAAGAACAACAGCAGCAUCAGCAGCAGCGCCUGACAACGAUAAGGAGACAGCGGCAGGUCAUUUGGCUGCUGAAGUGGCGGCCUUCUCUCAAGCUUGUAUAUGGCUUCCCCUCAAAGUUCAGGUGGAAACACUCGAGGCGUUCGCAUGCAGCUGCAACAGCAGCAGCAACCUGCCUGGAAUGCGAGUGUCUGCUUCGCGUUCUUUUUUGGGCUUCGUGACCCUCGCUGCAUGCAUGGUUGCCCCUGACAGGGCCGCCCUGCUGCUGCCUCGUCUCGCAGAGACAGACCGUUUUAUGAUGCCGUGCUACUCGGAGACAGAUAGCAGCAAUAGCAGCAAGGGGGAGAACUGCCGCACUAAUACAAGUAGCAGCAGUAGCGGGUUUGCUUGCAAUCCCGAAGAGCGGUCUUCACCAGCUGAUGCGCAGCUCCAGUGCAGCUGCCAAGGCCUUCAGUGCAGUAGCAGCCGCAGCGGUAGCACUAUCUCCCUCUCGUCUUCUGCGAAUCAGUCUCUGUCGCUGUCUCUUUGUGGGGAACUGGCUGCCUUCCCUGGGGCCUGCUUCGACGCUGUCGAGCGCGAGGACUCACUCUAUGCUGCUGCAGCGGAGCCAAGGUACCUUUACACCUCACAGCAUGGCAUAAAACACAUCCUUGCGCUACACCACCGCUGGCUUUGCUUCGCAGCCCGUUACAGCAGCAGCAGCAGGAGUGGUGGUGGUGACGGUUCUGUUGGAGGUGGCAGCAGCAGCAGCGACGUGCAUGAAUGUUGUUGCUGCUCGCCUAGUUGCAGCUGGGGAAGGCAACAGCCACUACUGCAGCUGGUAGUUGGUACUGCAGGCGGCGGUGCAGUAGCAGCAGAUGCUUCGUUAAUUCCUUGUAUGCAGCCGCUGCUGCUGUUGCAUGCAGCCUACACGGGGGCCCGCGGUUUUUAUUGUUUGAGCUUUUCUCCGAAUCUAUUUUACCUGUCCUCUCUGCGCCCUCGCACCAUUGAAGAGAUAAGCAUCUCGUUUUCAACCGCAGGCAAGGCCCCUCCCGCAUCUCCUGCAGCAGCAGCUGAUGGUUCUGCUGCUACUGGUGCUGUUGGAGGCCAGCGGCAGCAGCGCCCCCAAAGCCGCCCCCCCGGGCAGCGAGACUUUUGCAGCUUUUUCAACGACCUCGCGAGGCAAGUUGAAAACGGCGCAAGAACAGCAGCAACAGCAGCAGCAGCUUGUUUGGAGCAGAACAGACCCACGACAGCAGUGCAGACAGACCCCACCAAUCUCUACAUGAACGCAUUCGAGUUCUUGCAGGCCGACUACAGCGACUUUUGGCGGAUGCUCAAGUUGCCAGAGAAGCAGCAACUUGGAGUGUUCCUUGAAGUGUUUGAAGAUGAUCACACGGAAUCUGCUGCAGCACUGACAGAAGGGAAAACAGCAGCAACAGCAAUAGAAGCAGGCACGAUUGAAGCGGCAGCAAUAGGACCACCAACAGGAGCACCUGCAGCAGCAGCUUUAGCAACAGCAGCUAAAGCAGCAAUAUAA